CAAGACAGGCAGAGGAGAACCGCUUGUGCACUGAGGUAUCCCUGACCAGAAGUACUUGCAUCCCGGGCUGCAUACCAUCUGUUUUAAGGGGCUCUCCUUAACCCAGCAUCUGCCUACACUAGAGUUGUCUACGUCUAGCACAAUUUUGUAAGGCAGCCACAAGGUUGCACCCUGUCGAACACGACUCCUCAAAAUUCCCUACAACGCAACACUGUCAAAGCCAACUUUAUUACAUCCUAUUGUUGACGCUGUGUGGGCAGCCAUGCACACCUUCAACUUCAUCAGGCCAUUUCCACCGUCAUUCCCAACUGCUAGACUGGAGUGCCAUUUCCAAAAUAACUUGAAGAACUGAAGCAGAAUAACAGAAACAUAGCUGGAUUGUGAUAAAACUGUUCCAGAAGUAAAAUAUUAAAUUAAAAUCACCCCCCCCCCCCCCAGUAGGAUUAUCCUAGCUGAAUGUGCAAAGCAUCAGUGAAUAAUACAGACCCCAAAACAUAUAUACUUAAGAAAUAGGAAAUGUCCAUGCGUCAAGAGACCAGAGGGCAGUAAAUAACGAUGCCUAAUGUGUAUUGAUGGUGUGGAAGAGAACACGUUAGAAAUAAGGCGAGGCAAGCCGGGCCAUUCUUUUGACAAAUAGACUUCACAGCACACUGUGUGAACUGGGUCGUGAAAUUAAUUUACUUUUUUUUUCCCCCCUCCAUGUCUUUUGCUCGCCUCUUCUCGCUUCCUCAAAUGGCUUAAAUAGCAUUUUAAUCAUAAGUUGGAGGUUGACUGGUUCUUGAAAGGGAGAGACAUGCCUACUUUCUCCUGCUUCAACCUUGUGAAUGACCAGAGGCUUUAAGCAGCAAGUUGCUUGUGCCAGUAACUAGUUUUAAUGCCUGCGAGAUCACUCAUAAGAUAUAACAAUUUUUUUUUUCUUUUUUCUUUUUUUUUUCUCAGUCUGCAGAUUUAUUUAUGACUUUUUUAUUUUUAAUUUUUUUUAUUGGCAGUAACACAUUGCACUUCAGUCUGGGAUUAAAUUUUUUUCUUGGACAGAAUAUAGUAGGGAAAUUGAACUGGCAAGGAUAAUGAAUGCAUUGUUCAUGCAUCAGUGUGUUAGGAAGAGUAGGAAAAUUCUUAGCUAGUGGCAACAUCUGAGCGGACAUGGGAGAGUCUCUACCUGUACACAAAUGUCUUGUUGGACCUAGUAAGGAUCACUGCUUUUGGACUGUCGACAUUUCUGAUCGCUCGGCUUGAAUGUUCUUAUGAGGUCAGCUGCAGUCGCUGUACUGUAAAGACAUAGCAGUGUAACAUUUUCAUUUCAUUCUUUUUACACAACUGCUGAUUAAAGCUGUUUGGGGGGAAAAAGGAUUGGCCUGGAAAUAAUUUUGCACAGUUUGUGUGCCUUUUUUUCUUUCUGCUUUUUAUGCAAACAUGUCUUGGCUGCAAAAGCCUGCCCGAAAGUGAAUUACUGUUAGAAGACGGAGUUAUAGCAGUUUUGCUGUGCAACCAGAGGAAUCUGGUGUCUGUACUUUAAGCCUUAAUUACUUGAAACCUUUACAAUCCUCUAAUUUAUGGAAUAAUGUCUGUGAUGUUGUUGGACAGCUCUAUCGCUAUCCUGAAACUGGAAUUUCAGGCUGCAUACAUUUUUGCAUAGUAACGUGAUGACUAGUCACAUUGUGGAAGAAAGCGAAAAGAGGGGCAAGAAACCACGAUUGUCCAAAGGGAAAACAACCACACAACCUUCAUGACAAGAAUCCAGACUGCUGGUUAAUUUUAUAAGCCAAAUUUACAUUAUUGUGUUGUACAUGAAUAACUGUUACUAUGCAUUAAGAGGAUCUUAAUAGGCACUGACCGCUUCAUGUACUCAAGGUCAGCUUUAACACUUUGAGAACUCUUAGGUCUUAUUUAAAUGCACCCAACUUUUGGAACUUGGUUUAUUGACUUAAUUUAUUUUUAAAAAAUUUUGCAAGGAGGACUGAAAUCCCAACUUUGUAAAAGCAUGUAUGCAUCCGUGGAGCACGGGCCUGUUCUUUGCAGUGAUUCCAACAUUUUAUGCCUUUCAUGGAAAGGAAGGGUUCCAAAAAGUGAAAAGGAGAAACCAGUGUGUCGCAGGCGCUACUAUGAGGAAGGAUGGCUAGCUACAGGCAAUGGAAGAGGAGUUGUAGGCGUCACGUUCACCCUGAGCCAUUGUCGAAGAGACCGAAACACCCCUCAGAGAACCAACUUCAACCUUCGAGGUCACAACAGUGAGGUGGUGCUAGUGAGAUGGAACGAACCUUUCCAAAAGUUGGCAACUUGUGAUGCAGAUGGAGGAAUAUUUGUGUGGAUCCAGUAUGAAGGCAGAUGGUCUGUAGAACUGGUCAAUGAUCGCGGGGCACAGGUUAGUGACUUUACUUGGAGUCAUGAUGGCACUCAAGCUUUGAUAUCCUACAGAGAUGGAUUUGUGCUUGUGGGCUCCGUGAGUGGUCAGCGACAUUGGUCAUCAGAGAUAAACCUGGAAAGUCAAAUUACAUGUGGUAUUUGGACACCGGAUGAUCAACAGGUUCUUUUUGGCACAGCGGAUGGGCAAGUAAUAGUUAUGGACUGCCAUGGCAGGAUGUUGGCACAUGUUCUCUUACAUGAGUCAGAUGGCAUUCUGAGCAUGUCAUGGAAUUACCCCAACUUCCUGGUGGAAGAUAGCAGCGAAAGUGACACUGACUCUGAUGACUAUUCUCCACCUCAAGAUGGCCCUGCUGCAUAUCCUAUUCCAGUGGAGAAUAUCAAGCCGCUACUCACUGUUGGAUUUACAUCUGGGGAUAUUAGCUUGAUGAACAACUAUGACGACCUGUCACCAACCAUCAUUCGCUCAGGACUGAAAGAUGUAGUGGUUCAGUGGUGCACACAAGGAGAUUUACUAGCUGUUGCAGGGAUGGAAAAACAGAAUCUUCUACCUGAUCUUAGCAGUGGUCUAUCCCUUAAAAGUGCCAUCAUCAAGUUCUAUAAUGUCCGUGGAGAACAUAUCUAUACUCUGGAGACCCCAGUGCAGCGUCCAAUCACUUCCAUCUGUUGGGGCCACAGAGAUUCUCGCCUCUUCCUGGCUUCUGGUCCAGCACUUUAUGUUGUUCGGGUGGAGCACAAAGUCGCUAAUUUGCAACUUCUCUGCCAGCAAUCAAUUGCCAGCUCUCUCCGUGAUGACAAAGAUAUCGUCAAACUCUCCCUGCCUCCUCGUCUCUGCUCUUAUCUCACCACCGCCUUUAUGUCUACCAUUAAGCCUCCCAUACCUGACCCCAAUAAUAUGCGGGAUUUCGUCAGUUACCCAACAUCAGGAAAUGAGAGGUUACACUGCACUAUGAAGAGGACAGAGGAUGACCCAGAGGUUGGGGGCCCAUGCUACACACUUUAUUUGGAAUACCUGGGUGGAUUGGUACCUGUUCUCAAAGGGCGUAGGAUUAGCAAGCUGCGCCCUGAGUUUGUUAUCAUGGAUCCUAAAACAGAUGGAAAAACAGAUGAAAUCUACAGCAAUGGUUUGAUUUCUACAGUUAUCGACAGCUGUAAUUGUUCUGACUCCAGUGACAUCGAGUUAAGUGAUGACUGGGCAGCCAAGAAAUCUCCAAAGAUUACAAGAGCGAGUAAAUCUCCUAAAUUACCCAGAAUUAACAUAGAAGCUAGAAAAUCUCCAAAGCUGUCUCGUGCUGCACAAGAGAUUACAAGGUCCCCUCGAUUACCUAUAAGGAAGCCUUCAAUUGGGUCACCAAGUUUAACUCGGAGAGAAUUUCCUUUAGAAGAUAUCACACAGCAUAACUACCUUGCUCAGGUUACAUCCAAUAUAUGGGGAACUAAAUUUAAAAUAGUUGGGUUAGCGGCAUUCUUACCAGCAAAUCUUGGAGCGGUUAUUUAUAAAACGAGUUUGCUGCACCUCCAGCCAAGACAGAUGACUAUUUACCUUCCAGAAGUGAGAAAAAUUUCGAUGGACUAUAUUAAUUUGCCAGUAUUUAAUACUAAUGUUUUCAGUGAAGAUGAGGAUGAUUUACCAGUAACUGGAACUUCAGGGGCACCUGAAAAUAACCCACCUUGCACUGUGAAUAUUCCCAUUGCACCUAUCCAUAGCUCUGCCCAAGCUAUGUCACCAACUCAAAGCAUCGGCUUAGUUCAGUCUUUGUUAGCCAAUCAAAAUGUACAACUAGAUGUCCUGGCCAAUCAAAUGGUAGCUCCAGCGCCACCAGACCAUCCAACAGAAAAUACUGUUCAGUAUCCAACCCAGAAUCGAUAUUCUAAUCCAGGGCAAGUGAUAUUUGGUGGAGUUGAAAUGGGCCGCAUGUUGCUACCUCCCCAGCCUCCUUUGCCUCACCCAACCCAAAGUACAAUACAAAUGUCAGUUGACCACAACGAGCGAGACCACGAGCAUUCCCAGAAGUCAAAACCUGUACGCCCAAUUCCUCAAUUUGCAGAGGCAGAUGCUGUUGUUUUCACCACUGUUAAAGAAAUGCAGUUGAAUAAACUCAAUCCUCCACCUCCAUACCCAGGAACGAUCCCAGCUCCCCCAACUUCAGCAGCACCUCCACCACCAAUCCCACAACCUCCAGUAGAUUUCUGCCUGAAAAAGGGGGAAUUUUCCCUGUUUUCUAGUGGGCAUUAUCAGACUCCACUAGGUUAUGAACGAAUCACAACAUUCGAUAGCAGUGGCAAUGUUGAAGAAGUGUGCAGACCACGAACUCGAAUUCUGUGUACGCAAAAUACCUAUACACUUCCUGGCCCAGGAAGCUCUGCAACACUAAGAGUUUCUGCAACAGAGAAGAAGAUUAAACAACCUUGCACUAGUGCCACACUGAAUAGGCUGACUGUUCCACGCUAUUCAAUACCCCCUGGAGAUCCACCACCAUACCCUGAAAUUGCUGCACAGCUUGCUCAAAGCAGGGGUGCAGCUCAAAGAAUAGACAGCAGUCUCAUCCAUGCUACUCUGCGGAGAAAUAGUCGUGAAGCUACUCUUAAAAUGGCUCAAAUGGUUGAUAACCAGAGGGCAACACUACAGCAUCCACCCAAAUCAAAGAGUAAUGUUGUGACUGGACAGUACCAACAAAGGACACCAACAGCAUUGUACACAUGUAGCCAGUGUAGCAGUAGCACUGGAGUUAUCAGCAGUAGCAUCAGUAAUCAUAAUAGUAAUAUAACCACUAGUACCAUUGGUGCUGGUAAUAUUCGCCCUGACCUACCCUCAGCUUGUAGUCCACAGCAGAGUACAGUUAUAGUUCACUCCGCCAGUACAGCUCCUUUGGCAUCUCAGUCCUCUUAUAACCUUUUAAGUCCUGUUGAAAGUUGCAGAGACAGAACAGACUAUAUUAACUCUGCAUUUACAGAAGAUGAGUCUGUUUCCCAGCAUUGCCACAUAGAAAAGACAGUCAGGCAUAUGAACCUGGCUGAGGCAACACUUACAAUAAAACGUCCCCCACCAUACCAAUGGGAGCCAAUGGUAAAUGAGGACAUAUGGGUUCCACAGGAAAGGACAGCUCAUAACACAUUGCCAAUGCCGCAGAGGCCUCUCCCUCUAAUACUUGGACAGGGCCAACAUCUAGAUAUGUCACGUGUUCCAUUUAUUUCCCCCAAGUCGAGUUCCAGUCCCAUUUCAACAUUCCAAUCAAAUUAUGGUGUUGGGAUGCCUUUUACUGGUGCUUAUAAUGUACCACCUCCUCUCCAACAAGUUCAGAAACCGUGCUCCCCAAAGGAAACUCUAACACCAGCACAGUUUGUCCAACAGGAGCCCUCUAUUUUAGUACAGCCAGCAUAUCCACCCAACCUGCCUUGUUGCCCCUUGCCACCAAUGUAUCCAGGAAGUAGUAAUUGCAAUGGUUUGCAGCUUCCUGCAAUAGCUCUGCACCCAUGGAACACAUACAAUGCAUGCCCCCCAGUUCCAAGCUCACAGGCCACACUUCCACCAAAGUCUCAUUUGUUGCCAGAAAAACCUGUCCUUUCUCCUCCUCAGCCUGAGCUCCAAAGUAAUGUGGGUACUGAAGUAAUGGUGGAAACUGCUGAUAAUUUCCAGGAGGUCCUUUCCUUAACGGAGAGCCCUGUGCCCCAGAGAACAGACAAAUUUGCUAAGAAAAAUCGAAAGCGUUUGGAUAGCAAGCCAGAAGAAGGAAAUGUUCAAGCAAUUACCGAGGGCAAAGUGAAAAAGGAAGCAAGGACUUUGGGUGAUUUUAAUUCCCUCAUAUCUAGCCCACGGCUUGGAAGAGAAAAAAAGAAAGUCAAAAGUCAGAAAGAUCAGCUAAAAUCCAAGAAAUUAAAUAAGACAAGUGAAUUUCAAGAUAGUUCAGAAAGUGAACCAGAGCUUUUCAUCAGUGGAGAUGAGCUAAUGAACCAGAGCCAGAGCAAUAAAAAGGGAUGGAAAACCAAGAGGAACCUUAGGACAGCUAGUGACUUGGAUGAAUUUAAGUGUCGAAAAGCAAAUGAUAAAGAAGAUGGCAGAUUGGGAAGCCAAGGAUUUGUAUAUGUAAUGGCCAACAAGCAGCCUCUUUGGAAUGAGGCAACACAGGUCUACCAGUUGGACUUUGGCGGUAGGGUGACUCAGGAAUCAGCAAAAAAUUUCCAAAUAGAACUGGAAGGAAGACAGGUUAUGCAGUUUGGAAGGAUCGAUGGCAACGCCUACAUUUUAGACUUUCAGUAUCCCUUUUCAGCCGUCCAAGCCUUUGCUGUUGCUCUGGCAAAUGUGACUCAGCGUCUCAAAUGAGCCUAGACUAUGGCACAGGAGCAUUUCAACUACAGUGGAAAAAUUAAGCCUUCAAUAGAAUGGAUAGCUCAAUGGGACAACGAGAAACAACAAAACAUUAAAUAAUGUCAACUGGAAAGAACCAUGACUUCCCGUGUGAAGGCACUCUUGUCAUUUUCUUAAUUUUUUUACAUGCAAUAUUGCUGAUGGUUGAACAGGAGCCAUUUUGUCAUGAUGGGAGCGUGCCUGUUGACAGUUCUGUUUUGUUUGGUGCAAUAGAUGUUAGAAUAUUACAUGGAAAAACUGCCUUAUUUAUAAUAUUAUUUUUUGAAAACUGUAAGCUAUGUGGUUCAUUGACCUGUUUUUUCCAGUUUGUAGAAUCACAAACAAAAAUGCAACUAAGAAUAUUUUUUAAUACUUGAAUGCAUUCAAAAUGGGACGGUAGGUACUGAAGGUUAGAUAGAUUUGCGUAGCUAUGAGUUCAUGUUUGCAGAAACCAGAGUGUUUUUGGUUUGGUUUUAAGAGAAUCUCUAUACUGAACUGAAAAACUCUUGAUGUUUUUCAUUUCUAAAUUAUAGUCUUUGCCACAUUGGAGUAGAUCUGUUCUUAAAUGUGUAUAUAUUAUUACCCACUGUAUUGUUGAAAGAACCAGAGUUAAGUCUACCCUGGAAGGGUAUUCAAAAUGUGUUAAAUUAGGCCUUGCUUUACUGUUCAUAGUAAUAUAUUAAAGGGGCUUUAUGACUUGUAAACUUAGCUUGAAUUGAUCCAUAAUGUAAAAAUGCCUAAUGUUUGCCAUCAAUAGCAACAGCUUGUCAUGUGGUACCCUGGUAAUACAUGCCUGCAUUCGAAACAAGAACAUGUGGGACCCAGAGAAGAUAGUUUGGAUAACCUCUUUAACCUGCUUGAAGUUCCCCUGUUUGAAGGUUGGUAAUAGUGGAGGGUACAACCCUGUUUUAUAUAAAUAAGAUAAUCUGCCACUAAAAUCAGGCCUGGUCGCUGUGCUCCUACAAGUGAAUUAGAUGUGGCCCCUGACGUAGGGAAGGGGGUUUUACUGUCUUGAACAUAAAAUUCCCUAGGCCCAGUUUAAAAGAGGGGUCUGGACAUAUGCAACAACCCCUCAUAUUGAAAUCCAUGGAGGUUACAGGAACAUACCAGUAUGGAGUAAAUCAUCAGAAAAUGACAUGGUAAAAAUCUGUGAAUUAACAACUUUAAUUUACUCUUGCCUUUGUAAAUGUAGCUAUGAAAACCCAUUUUGAUAUUCAAAAAAUAAAUUUGUUAUGAAACAGAUAAAAGGGCAGCAAAAUUUGGAACUAGGACACACAUUCUCAUGGUGUCCACAAUUCUACCAAAACACUCUUCUUUUUUUAUAGCUAGUUAACUUGUACUAUCCCUAUAAAUGGCUGCCUGUAUAUUUCAUAUGGACUUUUCCCCCCUUAAUUUACAGAGUUAUGCACCCUUUGCUCUAAAUGUAGGAGCAUAAUUGUUGUUUCCUCUACCGUCUAGUUUAAUACAAAAAUGUCUGCUUGAUGUUAAACCAGUCCUGCUGAAUUACACCUCUAGGCUUCACAGCAGUGACAUGGAUAACUGAAGGGUAUUUACUACUUUACUGAAAUUAUUUGAUUCAGAACUGCAUUGAACCAUUCUACUGAGGGUCUUGAGAACUUGAAGGUCAAUUAAAUAUCGACUUUUUCUUCAUAUGAUCAAAUGUAGAUAAAAUAAUCUACUACGAUUUAUCUGUUUCUAAGAUAGAAGGAAGGCAACUUAAUUGGUCGCCAUUACAGCUCCCACAGGAGUUUGCAUCCAGGCUACUCGCUCUUGGAUGGUAUAUCUUCUUAGGUAUGCUAUACUUCCUUUAUCCUGGUAUCACUGCCUAACAAAAUUAGUAAUUAAGAAAUCUAGGUGAAAAAAAACUGUACUGUAUUUAUAGUGGUCAUAAUGCGUGUCGCCAAUUUAACAGCAGAUAGAACUAGGAAACUAAUUCAAUUUUUUACAGUCUACAGAAGAGGACUACUGAAGGAGGGCUGUGUAUGAAUAUUGCAGUUCUGACGCUAUUAUCCUUCUCCCCACAAUAUGAGCAAUCUCAUCUACAGUGUCACUAGCGUAGUUGCAGUCAUUAUAAAUGACAUUCGACUGAAACAGCACAUUGACUAAUGCAUCUCUACAUGUCAAGUCAGUGUAUAUGUAACAUGACCUUUUUUGGUAUCCACAUUGAUUAGGAUAAAAUACAAUGUGAAAAUAUAUCAUGGGGUUUAUGAUCGUAAAGGGAAUCUGUCACCAUAAAAAUGCAGUGUAUUCUGCAGGCAACAUGUUUUAGAGCUGGAUGAGCUGAGCAGAUUGAUUAUAUAGUUCUGUGAGAAAAGAUUUAGUGUAAAUUGUAUUUUAUUCAUUUAAAUUCCCGCUCUUUCUGGGCUUUAAAGUCAAGGAGGCAGUCCUAUCAGUGACUGAAAGCUAUCUCUGUAUUUACAGUCAGAAGGGGAAGACUGUCCACCAAUUAAUAGGACCGCCUUCUUGUCUUCAAAGCCCAGACAAAGCAGGGAUGUAAAUGGAUAACUACUUUUUUACUGUAUAUUUGCCCAUGAAACAAUGCAUCAAACUGCUCUGCUUCACCUUCUCUGUAACAUGCUGCCUUCACUGUGUUCAGUGUAACAGUUCCCUUUAAGUGACUUCUCACUAUGGCACUAUAGGGAAAUUAUUCCUUAUAAUUGAUUACAUGAAUAGCAUAUUAAUUGCAUCUGGUACAAAUGUUUGACAGAGGUAAAACCACUGGGGCCCCCAAUAGGCACCUUUUCCACAUCUCCCAUUCACUUUAAUCAAAAGGAGCUGUGAACAUGAGAUUAAUGGGAGACAGGCAUUUAUAUAAUGCCCGUUUGAUAUGCCCUAAAUGUCUAUGAGCAGGAAAUAACUUUAAUAUAUAAAGUACAACAUCUUCUGAAAGUAAAAUGACUUUUGUGGCUUGACAAGAAAUAUUAUUGUAAAAAUGAUUGUCAAAUAACAUCAUGCUGAAGAGUUGGACUGGCCAUGUAUGUAUGUAUGUGUGUGUGUAUAUAUAUAUAUAUAUAUAUAUAUAUAUAUGUGUUAUAUUGCUUUAUUGUGUGCGGCAUUCACUAGUUCUCUGAUUGGGCAACAGAGGAUUUUUUUUUGUUUUAAUGACCAUCUGAAAUGCAAAAUGCGUCUAUGCAAAAUUUCAAAUCUGAAUUGUGGAUAAAGUUUAAAUGAAUCCUUUCAAAUUGA